AUGCGCCAACCACAAAACGCCACUACUCUGCAAGAAGCUGUAAUUGGUCUCUCGGCUUUAUUAUUGCUGCUCACAUGCCACUGGCUGUCUUGCCAGGCUGCUGAUAACAACGAACGGGAUUUCACCAGCGACGUUUGCGCCGGGAUUGCUGAGAAUAGCACCUGCAACUGCACUUACAGCAGCAAAUAUGAUUCAGCCUCUAUCGGCUGCAGCAGUGCGGACGGUGGCACGCACAUACAAAUUUCAAUUUACGAGAAGACCGAUGUGGAGAUAUUUUGCACACCAGCCGUGGAUACGUACCCGACUGUAUCCGCGGAGCUGCUGGCGCGCGUACCGCUACUUGGAGGGAUGCGUAAGUCACUCUUUCUUGGCGUUCACCACUGUGUGCCCUUCACCGAGUUGUUGGCACACAUGCAGUUGACGCACGGCAGCAUUUUGCAUGUACAUGGUCUUGGAAUGUUGCCUUUACUAGCCGCACGACAUUUCGGACAUAACCUUAGCUUUUUGCAGACGAUAAGUGAUUUGGAGUUGCUGGCGCAGCCGCAGCAGCGCACAUUGGCCGCUGCCCAGCAGUUAGACGCUGAUUUGUUUACUGCUUUUACGUCACUUUGGAGCCUGAAACUCGACUUGAACUUCACGCAUUUGCCGCCGGGCAUUUUUCGCCCACUGGGUGCCAAUUUAAUUGACUUGAUGAUAUAUGGCGGACUGCUGGAAUUUCCACGCGCAGCGCUAGCGCCACUCGCGUCCCUCAACUCGCUCACCAUGAUGCGUCAUCAGCUGACGGAUCGCUUACGCAAAGAUGAUUUUGAGGGGCUUGGCCUUCUCGAGAUUCUUACGCUACAUAGCUGCAGUAUUUCCGAGCUGCCAGCGCGGAUUUUUGAGCCACUGCCAGCACUAAAGCGGCUGCGCCUAACCUCAAACCAAGUGCGUGAGCUUCCUACUGCGCUUUUCGUGGCCCAAAAACGCCUACAGGUGUUGGACCUGAGUCGCAAUGAGCUCGAAUCGCUGCCACCUGGCUUAUUUCACCCGUCCACAAAGCUAGUGAGCUUGGCUUUGUCACACAAUCGUUUGCUGCAGCUCAGCGCGCAUACACUUCCUACACUACACGCGCUGGUAGAACUUAAUUUGGAUAACAAUGGCUUGCGCGCAAUCGCCCCCGGCAGUCUGGCGCAAGCGCAGCGGCUGGAGAUACUUAUGCUCUAUAACAAUCAGCUAAAUUGGACAAGCGCUGAGGCGUGUGAUGUGCUCGCGGGUCUGCGCAGCCUCAACACGCUUCAACUGCAGAACAACACGCUACAUACCUUAUGCGCACAGCUGAGCGCGCCCAACCACACCACAAGCCGCCUGCGUUUGCUUGAUGUACGAUACAAUAGCAUAGCGCGCUUGCCCGCGCAGCUAAUCCGCACGCUAAACGACAGCACGUCGCUGAAAGACUUGUAUCUCUCGCAUAAUCCAUGGAAGUGUGACUGCAGCGCCGCGUUGCUGCAUGGCUUCGUAAAGCACAAUCGCUUGCGUUACCGCGACAUGCUUGAAGUGCGUUGCGACGAUCCGCAGAUGCCGCCGCUCGUUGAACUAACCUACCGCGACUUCUGUCUACCCGAUCUAGGCGUGAGCUUGACAUUUGUGUUAGCCUUCACUGUGCUUUCGGCCCUCAUCCUGCUGGCCGUCAGCACCGCACUUUGCUACUACAAAUACAAGCUGCAGCUGCAAAUCUGGCUUUACGAUUUUAAUUAUACCACAAUUUUAGCCGCACAACCGCACUGUGCGCCCACCGGUGUACAAUAG